UUUCCAUUUGCCUUCGUUUUCCUGUUUUCACCAGAACGAGCGAACAGAACAACAAUAACCACUUCCUUUCUCCCUUUCUCCUCUCUUUCAUUCCUUUCAAACUAUAUACCACCAGCCCCCACCGCCAUAGCUAAUAACUCGAAAACGCGGGAAGAAGAAUCCGGAUCUCCUCCCCCUUGACUUCGGUCCCGCCAUUUCUGCCUCCUUAACCUUCUCUAAUCCUCACAAAACCAAAACAAUUCGGGAAUAUUCUCCAUACCACAAAUUGCCUUGCACGUUAAGCGAUUCCCCCCUCCUCUCCCUUUCAACUCCUUUCAACCUCCGUCUUCCGGUCAGGUAGGCGGAGCUGCUGCUGCCUCGUUUCAUUCCUUUUGCUCGUCUCCGGCGAGAGUGAUUCGGUGUUUUUUUCUUCUUCCGAAUUCUCUUUUUUUUCCCCUUCCAAAAUUCGUUCUGGUUUUUGCAAACGCCUCGUGUUUUUGACAAUGUUCGUUGCUGGUUGAUCUCUUCGGCCGGUCCAUCGCAUAAAUUCUUUGCCUCUUCUGCUAUAUCUCACCUCCGCCUGCUUCUGUUAUGAAGUUCGGAGGCGAUUGUUUCUUUUCCUCUCCUGCCUCUCUUCCACUUCUGUGGAAUUCCUCUUCAGCUUCUCAACAAGAGGUUUGCGUUGACUUUGGAGGUGAUUUGAGCUUGUAUAGAGAGUUUGAUGGGGAAAGCUGACGAUGAGAGAUGCGUUUUUCCUUUAACCAGUCUGCAAAUCGGAGACUUGCAGUCGUAUCUUUCGGAUCUUAGAUUGUAUGUGGCCUUCGAAAGUAAGAAGCUAUACAUCUUGGUGGACAACCGACCAUGGUUGAGGAGCCUGGGUUCGCGGCCAGCACACUUGUGGCAGUUGAUGGUUACAAAGUCAAGGUUAUCUCCAUUUGCAAACACCAAAGGACAGAGAGGGAAAAGGGAGUGCAAGGGAACUUCUUGUCCUCAAUCUAAUUCCAGCAAGGCAACGAAUAUUGAGAAAUGGUUCUCACUGAUCGAUGCAAAAAACUUCUCUCAGAAGGCAGGUUUAUUGCCAGUGGAGAAGUUGAGAAAGUCGUUAUUCUUGAGCAGUGAGCUGCACAGAACACUCUAUGGUUUUAUAGUGUUUGAAGUUGCUUGGAGUAACGUUCGAGGUAUUAAUUACUUGAAUGAACUUCAGACAGACACAUCUCUGGCAGUCGAGGCGAAAGUUAUGCAAAGAUGGGAAUUUGAUUGUAUAUCUCAGGCAUCAAGGUCUAUCGCUUCUUGGUUUUCAGGAACAUUGCCCGAGCAGUUGCAAUUGAAGGAGUACCUGGAUUCUGCUACAGGAGAUAUAUUCUAUGAUGCAAAACAAAAAUUUUCAAGAACAGGUUCUUUCAAUGAUGAUGAUGAAGAGACCGUUGGAGGUAAUCGGUGGUCUGUGAAUUCCUCAUCCAAUAGUCUCAGUGAUUCUGACGAUAUUCAAGAUGAUUCUGAGCCACACACACCUCCACCAAGUGGGCCCUACAAGAGAAGAAGGGUAACUAAGUCGAUUGCCUCAGGAGUCAAAGUUGAUUUUUAUUCUGAAACACAGGGCAGGAGCAAAGAUUUGUUGCACAACUCGGAGACUGAUGGCAGCAGCAACAAUUGUGAAAAUGGUAGUCUUGAAGCUAAGCAGUACAAGGACGUGCUAAUUCUGAUGAGGUUUGAUGACCAUGACCUCCCUUUUAAGCUGAGGCAAAUCAUAAUGGCUGACCUUCGGUUAUUGACCCUCUUAGAGGCAGGGCUUCCGUCAUGGGUAAUCUUUCUGCAAUCAUAUCCUGGGUUUUGCCAUCUUUAUCGCCCGUGGAUGUGUCCGCUAGCUAGAGCUUUAUACGUCUCCAUCUCGAUUGUCACUGUCAUAAUAGGCUUCUACGAUCUUUACAAAAAUGUUCCUGUUCUCAAGGCGACUGCAUCUCGAUUAUGUGGGCCACUUUUUGACUGGAUAGAGACCUGGGAAAUGGUCUCCAGGAUCAAGUAUCUGGGGACCAUGCUGUUUCUUCACAAUUUCCAGAAGGCUGUCACCUGGUCCCUAAUGAUCACUCGAACUUUCCGGUCUUUCCUCUCGGUUUUCACCCAACCUCUGGUUGGUCCGUUAGUGGAAUUAGUAGGGUUUCUCCUUCCAUUGUGGAAUGAAGUCAUUGAAGUAGUUGAGCAGUUAUUCUCAGUAGUCUGGCUUGUGGUGGGAACCACUUGCAAUGUGGUUGGAGAUGUUCUCGAGUUUUUUCUGUGGCCGAUAUGGGUUAUCAUCUCUUUUGUAUGGAACUUUGCGACUUCAAUCUUAUAUCCCAUCUUCUGGAUUCUGUGGGAAGUGAUCUACACCCCAGUUCGCAUGGUUCUUGCACUAGCCAGCUUCCUGGCUGGAAUUUUGGGUGUGAUGGUGCAGUUGAUUGUAGAUGUUUGGCAAUCUAUGAGUAGCAUAGCGCAGCUCGCUUCAGCAUCCGAGGCGUCAGUGAACACGUACCAAGUUUCCAUGUGGAAAUCACUUUGGAGCGACCUUUUCUCACAGGUCUUUCGUGCCGUCAGAAGUAUUCUGAAUGGUUUUGUGGCUUUUUUCACAGCAUGCAACAGACAUCGCCUCAGCAUAUACAACCAUCUACAAGAUUUCAUCCGGAGACUACUCGGUGGAGCUCAGAGAUUUCAGACUUUCGAUUCCAGGCCUAGUUGGAAGUCAUACGAGCCGCGUAAUCUAUCCGAUUCAUACGGGGACUGCAGACAGGGUAGCUCGCCUCGUCGAAUGCCAACUGUGCGUAUUUCCAAGUUGAAGAAGCAGAGGUGAGUCAAGUUCUCUACAAUCAACACGAAAUAUGAAAAACCUUGGUAGCAGUUUUUGUAGGAGAAAGAAACAAAGAGAGAAUAGUUUCUUAUUUGUUUCUAACCAACACCGUUAGGAAUAAUCUUUCAUUCUUUGCUUCCGUUUUUUGGUUUCUUUCCCAUGCUAGUUCCUUCGUGGUUUCCUUUUCCCCUCUAUUCAGCUAGUAUCUCUUGUUUGUUUCUGAACAGUUCUGCGGUACUCAUAGGUGUUGUAUUGUUGUAUCUUUGUUGUAAAUAGCAUGCGUAUUGUAAAAGCCCUCUUCUAUGUGCAGUAAAAAAUAGAAAGAACCAAAAUUGCAGUUCAUUACCUUGAUUCGUUUAAGGCUUUGGCGACGAAGCAUUCUGGUCAUAGAGUUUAUAGUUACUCAAACGCAACAUUAACAUACUGUAGCCACGACAACUUUUCCAAACGUCUGGCAACGUGAGAUUGUAUACGGAGGCGAGAAAUUGAGAUUAUGAUGAACCAUCAAAACGUCUUAGUGUGUGUGGCGCCACUGUUUAUUGGUUUUUCAAUUUUCAUUAUCCAACUUUGACGCCUGCAUUGCAUGCACAACUGCUGAAAAUGUUGUAGUGGCACCUAUUGAUGAGGCUCCAGUUACUGAAUUCCUGGCUUAGAAUGGUUUGCCAAAUUCUUCAUUUUUGGAAAAGAGUAGGAAAACAAAAGCAUUGCAAGAGGUGCGUGGACGCCCACAAAUACGUUGCUGGGCUGCUGGAAGUGGAACAUGACUCGUGAAUGAAUUGGGAAUUUGAGAGAAUAUAAUGUGUCAUGAUUUGCAUACGCAGUGGAAUCGAGCGAUCCAGGGAGCGAUUGAUAAUCAGAGAAGAAUGUUAAUCAUUAUAUCUAUGGUUAGAAAACCCGCUUGAGACUCACUGUGACUUUUUUUUUCUCAUCCGUGCUUCGUUAAUAACAGCUAGGGAUUUCGAAUCCCCAAUUCCAUUCAGCUCGACCGUUGGAGGAGAGCGGGACUCAUCAAUUGAAGAAGAAGAAGAUUCGGUUUAACCAAUACUCACCGUCUUGGCUUAAACUCAUCGUUUUAUCUUGUUUCCUUUACUGUGUCGUUUUUGCUAUCUCUCUGUACUAGCUUCGCUUUUCUGUCAAGUUUCCUAUUGUUUCCUUUUCAAGUAAAGAGACAGCUUGUAUCAGGAACUUGUCUUCUUCUGUAAUGGCUUCAGUAUAAGAAGCAAAGUGAUCAAUGAGAAAGGCUUCAAGCCUUAGGGUUUCAACCUU